AUGCUGGGAUUACAAGGCCGUCAAGCACAACUUCUGCUAAUGUUGUACACAUAUAUGGGCGUCACUGAUGCUGACCACCCAAUGAAUCGAGGACAGGCAAAUGGGAUUUUACUACACCACCUCAUACUUCUCAUUCUCUUCCUCCUCGUUGCAGUAGCGGCAUCUUCUCCCAUUAACAAUGCCUCCAUUUUCCCCAUUGUCCACACAAACUAUGGUGACAUUCUGGGCACAACAUCCCCCUACCGUCCCAACAUCAAAGUCUUCAAAGGCAUUCCCUAUGCGGCACCUCCCACAGGCGAACUCCGCUGGAAGCCACCGGUCAAGCCCGAGCCAUGGAGCGGCACAUACAACGCAACAGAGUUCAGCGCUCAAUGCCCCCAGGCCCUAAACAUGGGCACUGGCCAAUGGACGACCGGCUCAACCGACCAAAGUGAAGACUGUCUCUACAUGAACAUCUGGACCCCUAUUACGACACCUUCCACCCCACUCCCCGUCUAUAUCUGGGCCUACGGCGGCCGCUUCGUUGACGGCUCCGGCGACGUUGUAACCUACGACGGCAGCGGCCUCGCCUCGCAGGAUAUCAUAACCAUCACCUUCAACUUCCGCCUCGGCCCUCUCGGCUUCCUCGCCCACCCUCUCCUCUCCGCCGAAUCCCCUCACAACAGCUCCGGGAACUACGUGCAAGCCAACAUUGCCUCGUUCGGCGGCGAUCCCGCUCGCGUUACCGUGGGCGGCCAAUCCUCCGGCUCGUCCUGCUCCUUCGACAUGAUGUACUCCCCUCUCGCCGACGGUCUAGCAUCAGGGAUCAUCGCCGAAAGCGGCGCGCGAUCUCCUCGAGACCCCUUAACGGGCAGCCUGGCAACAAGCUACCGUCAGAAAGACGAAGCCAAAUCCUCUGGCCUCUCCGUGAUGACCCCACUCAAGGCAUCAACCCUCUCGGAAAUGCGUGCUCUCUCCGUCUCAACCCUGUUAACCACCGACCUCCUCAACGCCACCAUCUUCGACAACACAAACUACCAAAACGUCAGCACCUUCAUGGAAGCUCCAGAGUGGCGCCCUGUCCUAGAUGGCUACGUCCUCCCACACACCUACGCCUCCACCCUCUCAAACAACACCCACCCCAACAUCCCCAUCCUAACCGGCAACAACAAAGACGAGUCGGGAGCCGCCACAGACCCAGGAUUCACACUCUCCACCUUCCGCUCUAACUUCUCCACCAUGUUCGCGCCUUUCCCCCAUCUCGCUGAAGAGUUCUUCUCCCUCUAUCCUGCCAACGACACAGAAUCAACUACCCCAGCCAAUAACGCCUUCUGGGCAGACCUCGGCAGAGUAAGUACCUGGUCUUGGGCCCUAGACUGGUACGUUUGUGGGGCUACAGCUCCCGUGUACACAUAUUUCUGGGACCAUGCCCCCCCGGGACAAAGUCUGGGUGCGUUUCACGGAAGCGAGAUGUACUAUGUCUUUGGGAACCUGCCGUAUAACUAUCCGGAUAUGCCGUGGACGGAGCGUGACUUUGAGAUUGGGAGGGUGAGGGUGGCGUAUUGGUCGAAUUUCAUCAAGUACGGGGAUCCGAAUGGGGAGGGGUUGGUGAGAUGGGAGCCUAGUGGGGAGGAGAAGGAGACGAUGUUGACGGAUGGGGUGGAGAGGAGGGAGUUGAUGUUACAGUGGUUGGCAGAGUCGGAGGUUUGGUGA